CUGCUGUACAUCAGUUUUAUCACUAUAAAGAGAAAUGGCAGCCAAAUUAUAUGUAAUCGCUUUUUAUGUGUUACUUGUAUCCAGUGAUCUGAGUAAAGCAAUAUCCCAUCCUCGCCUCAUGUCGCGACAUUCUCGUGAUGCUAGUGCCUUACGUGACACUCUGGAGACCGCAGAGGUGCCUCGUCCAUCGCCAGUUUACUAUGGCUGUUUUCUGGGCAAAAAUCUUCAGUUGCUUAACAAUACCAUUCUUGACGGGAAUACCAACGCUCUUUGCCAGAAGUAUUGCUAUGACAUGAAACACAUGUUUUCAGCCACUCACGAUGACAUCUGUGGCUGCUUGAAAGACCACCCGCAAAAGGAACUCUCGGGUCCACAACACGAUGGUGCAACAGUGACAACUACUGAUUCUGUUCAUGAUUGCACAGCUCCUUGUCCAGGUCAUAACACUGACAAGUGUGACAAGCAAUUUUGCUGUGGGGGUCCUGGAGCGUACACUGUGUACCAGACUGGAGGGAUGAAAAGUCAUUCCCUGGCAGCUAUCAAAGUCCUGAAGAACUACAAUUUGAACAUAGUAAAGUCACAUCUCAUUCCAAUGUUGAAUGAAAUAAGUAGACGAACACAAAUCCCAGUGAAAGAGUUGGAGGAAGAGGUUAAAAAACCGACUGAUGCAAAAGACUAUAAGGCAUUGCUGAGAGAAUUGACACAAAGCAAGAUUCCCCAAGGAGCAAACACCAACAAGACACUUAAAAAGAAAUCGACUGCUGAAAAUGACGGCUUAAAUGACGGAUUUCAUGCCUGCUGCUCGCCAGAUUGUGAUUGGCUUUUGGAUUAUUUGGAACUUGAUAAAACUGUAGUAGUAUGUUGUUAUGGUGAGGGCGAGGACCAAUGGUGUGAGAAAACAGAUAAGCGCUGAAGCAGAAUGGAAACCCGCGGUAAAAGUGCACGUGACACCUUUUAGAUAAUCACUUUUAUCCGAAAGGUAUAAACACACUAUCAAGCACUUUUGUAAAGAAAGAAAUAGAAUCUUAUUUUCUGAGUUAUGUAGACAUUUGAAAAUUGAAACAUGCAAAUGAAAUGACGU